GGAAGAAAGAGCAGUGGAAAGAUAGUGUUUGCUACGGCUUGCCUCUACGACCCUUGGCCAUUCUUGAAAUCAGUCCCCGGGUUACUAGCCAAUACCGACGAGAGGUCCAUCGCCACAAAAGUCAUCUAUCAAUACGGCAGCAUAGUCCACAUGACAAUAAAGUUACUGUCAUGUACAAAUCUGAGCCCAUCUACCAAUUAUGUAUAAAUGAAGAGAUUGAAAAGUGCAUACUUAAUAACCCGGCAUCCAAGAACUUAAGACUGAAAGCACUUAAAAGACACCCAGCUCCGCCCAAGGAAAUCGAGAACUUUAACCCUACUACUUCAAUGCAAUGCAGGCCAACCACGUUAUCGGAGUUAUAGUUAUUGCCCUCAUGGCAUUUAUGGUUUUAUUCGGUAUGGUCAUUUACUACUCUAUCCAAGCCAUACAGAGACGUCGCUCCUGGGAAGCCCAGCAUUUGCCAGAACCGACAAUGAGUGGAACACAAGGGACUCGAUCGCUGUUUUCCUCGUUGGAAUCAUCGCAGCAAUCGAGUCAGGAAUCCCGAUCGUCGAGUUCGACACAAUCACAUUCGACUCGGGCCUCGGCUCAAUGGAGCGAUAGACGACAUCGUCCGACCGAAGCAAGGCCUAAAAGAUCUCAUAGACUCCCGGAUAUUGUGGAAGAAUGGCGAGAUGAGGGAUUCCAAGGACUUUCGUCAGAACAUGCCUCCCUAGGAACCGCGGAGUCUCUUUCACAGCUAGGACAAGAAACGCCGGCUCCUUAUAGCCGCGCCAUCAGACCUGGUGAACAUCAGAUCGGGCUUGGUAUUGCUCAUGGAAACGAACAUCUUGUACAUUCAUAGAAAGUGAAGAUUGAUAUUAAUCACUUUCUCUGACGCAUAGAAGGCAGACCAUUUAAUGAUCCAGACCA